CCUCGCUUUCCCCACCAGCCGGUGCCAGGAAGGUGCCCGUAACAAUGGUUGUUUAUGGGCAAAGAAUACGCGUGAAGAAAAAACUAAUAGCUUGACGAGACGACCUCAUCAGCGUCCUCUACCUAAGGCAUCAGGCCAUUUGCAUUUGAUCACGCCUCUCAAGUCUACGCCCAUCCGUCUCACAGCCUCUCGGUCUGGGAGACAUCGGCUCAAAGAUUACUGGAGAAAUGGAGACGAGCGUGAUCGUCCUGUCCGUCGUGGUAGGAUUGUUCGGGGUCGGAAGCGCCGUGCUGGGGUUCAUCGCCGAGGGCACCAAGCUCGAGCGGAAUGACAUCGGGGUGUCCAAGACCGAGUGCGUGUACCCCGGCAACCCGGCGUUCGCGCUGGGGCUGGUCGCGGCGCUCCUGCUGCUGGCGGCCCAGAUCACCGUCUCGGCCGCCGGCCGCUGCUGCGGCUGCUGCAAGCCCCGGGGCGCCGCCUUCUCCGCGUCCAGGCGGAACAUCGGCGUCGUCUUCGCCGUCCUCUCAUGGGUGGCGACGGUGAUCGCGGAGAUCUACUUCGUGCAGGGCGCGGCGUGGAACGCGCCGGUGACGCGCGAGGUCAACACGGGGUGCUACUUCGUCAGGGACGGCGUGUUCAGGAGGGCGGCCAUCCUGAGCAUCAUCGCAACCGUGCUCGGGAUCAAGUCCUACUUCUUGCUUCGCGCCGCUGCGGCCACGGCGGCGGCGGCGGCUGCUGCUGUGCCAGGAUACCCGGGGGCCGUGGCGGGGCCGUCGUCGGCGGGCGAGCCCAAGCCCGACGGGAUCGCGAUGGGUCACCCUGCUCCGAUGUACGGGCAGGCGCCGUACGCGCACUACCCUCCGCCUCCGAACGCGCAGGGGUACGGGCAGUACCCGCCCCCUCCAAACGCGCAGGGGUAUGGACAGUACCCUCCUCCUGCUCAGGGGUACGGGCACGGACACUGAUUCCAGCCCGCUGCUCCCCCUCAGGGUCAAGGAUACGGGCAAGCCGUGUAGAUUGAUCACUGGCCUAUGUGCAGGCGUGCUAUGUUCUUCUGUCUCUAGUAGCAUUCUGCUGCGUAAAUCACCACACGGGUCACGGCUCGUAGGCUGUUCCCGUUGUGGUGAAUGAUGAUCGUCUCUGCUUGGAAGUGCAAAUUGAGCUUUGAGAUUU